CGCAUCGCAGAACAGUCCGAAAGAAAGACCGAAAGAACCCUAAACCCCUCGCGCACCCAACCCGGCGGAGGAAGCCGGCCGCCAGCCCACACCAGCAGCCAUGUUGCGCCGCGCCUCCCAGCUGCUCCGCAGCACCCCCACCGUCGCCGUGCUCGCCCGCCGCCUCCCACAGCCGCAACGGCACCCUCUUCCAACCCCACCCACCCACCUCCUGCCGGCCCCAAGGCUCGCAUCAUACUUCUACGCCACCCAGGCCGCGGCGGCGCCAGCGGCACGGGCGCCGAAAGCGCAGCGGCCGCUGCGGACGGUGGGGAGCCUGCUGCGGCUAAAUGACCUCCGCGACAACCCGGGGGCGACGAAGCAGAAGACCCGCAAGGGCCGCGGGAUCGGCUCCGGGAAGGGCAAGACCGCGGGGCGCGGGCACAAGGGCCAGAAGGCGCGCGGCACCGCUCGGUUCGGCUUCGAGGGCGGCCAGACCCCGCUGCGCCGCCGCCUCCCACGCCGCGGCUUCAAGAACCGCUUCUCGCUCACGUUCCAGCCAUGUGGACUGGGGAAAAUUGCAAAGCUCAUCAAUGCUGGAAAAAUUGACUCUUCUGAAUUGAUCACAAUGAAGACACUGAAGGAUACAAGUGCCAUCGGAAAGCAAAUAAAAGAUGGGAUUCGGUUAAUGGGCCGUGGAGCAGAAGAAAUCAAGUGGCCAAUUCACCUUGAGGUAUCAAGGGCGACCGCAAGGGCAAAAGCUGCAGUUGAAGCAGCUGGCGGAACGGUAAGAUUGGUGUAUUACAACAAGCUUGGAUUCAGGGCACUUCUCAAACCUGAGUGGUUUGCAAAGAAGGGCCGCCUUAUACCAAAAGCAGCAAGGCCGCCACCAAAGCAACGGGACAGGACCGAUAGCAUUGGCCGACUACCUGCCCCGACGAAGCCACUUCCCUUCACACAGGAGGAAUUAGAGUUUGCAGCAAAGCGCGAAGCUGCCAAAGUGAUUGCUGCAUAGGAGGGAGCAAGUAACAAAUUGGUCCUGCACUUCAUUAUUCUACACACUGAAGAAGUCCCUCGGAACUUCUAUUGCACGAGUCUUGAAUUGGGCAUGUAUAAGAGUCAUCUGUUCUCUGCUGUAGUUGUAUUCCUUGUGGGAUUCUUCCUUCACAGGUUUCUGUGUUCGCCUGUCAUUUAGACAUUUUCUUCUGAUGCAGUCGUAUCACCUCCACCUGGUUAGCGCCGGGCGGCUGGGGCGCAUAUGACCCCACUGCACUGCAUGCCACUUUUGACCCAAGACAACAAAAACGAGCCUUGCUGCAAGGCGACACUCAUGUUCUGGGCAAUAAAUAGUAUAAUACCUGUAAACCAGGAUCAGGAUGAUGUUGACAUAUAUGUGCUGUUCUAAAGCAACGGUUCUCUGCAUUUAAGAGGACUUCUGCAUUGAGUUUCGAAUAAUCUGAUGUUUAAGAGAACAUUUUGCGUUCA